AUGUCUGAGGUGCUACAAGAGAUACAAAAGAAGCUGGUCUUCCCUAUUGACUUUGCGAGUCAACGCAGACUCGACCGCUCUGUCUACUUAUGCCUCAUGAUAGGGACAGUGGUUUCCUGCUUCAUAGGUUUGUUCACCCAAUCGCUAUUCAACCUGGUGGUAUCGUUCGGGCUAACCUUCUGCGUCUGCCUAGCCUUGGGACUACCCAGCUACCCUGCAUAUAACAAGCAGCGUCUUGAGUGGGUCAAGCCUAAGAUCAGCCAUUAA